UCGCAAACGAUAAUGUUUUAAGCAUGCAGAAAGUCUCUACACAUAUAAAAUUUUGAUCGCAAAACAAUGCGGUCAAAUACUGUGAAGAUUAUGCUGGAUAAGUUGUACUACUCGCAUUCUUAUGUUAAAUUCACAGUGGACGUGACGCGAGAUAACGUGAUACAGCGGGGAUAUAUUACGGAUAUUGGCAAGGAUGGUCUCGUAAUCGACUUUCAUCAUGAUGGCCAGUCGUCGAGGGAACUGGUUGAGUUCUCUUGCAUCCAUACAUUGCCAACCAAACCUGUUGCCGUCGAGCGAUACCUUAAGCCACCCCAAGUGAGCUCCGAGGUGGAAGUGCUAAUUCGCAGCGCAGUCGACCAACCUAUGAUGUGGACAAAAGCCAUUUUCGUAACACUGUUGCCGGAUUACGGUAAUAAGCGACAUGGCAUCGUGGGUGAACAGUUUGCCUUGGUCCGACUUCCAACCAAAAAUCCAUUCUCGUUAGUCGCUGUAAAAAGCCUUUGGUCACCAUUUGUAGCCAGCGGUAUACGUAUCCGCCAGAAGCGGCAAUGGCAAACGGUCCUACCGGCAUCGUUCUACAGGGUGACCGUGCCGUAUACCUCAUGCCGGAGGCAGGAUUGCCCCUUUCCACAAUCUUCUUUACUUUACCAUAUGAGGCAGUUAGAUACAGAUAUUGGACUGAAAUUGGUCUGGCUGGAUUUGACGGGCACGCUUCUUGUGUCGGCUGACGAUGUCAGCGUCACUGUGGUGUGCCGUCGGAAACCUAAAGCACUACCCAACACAUUCCAUCAAUUGGUGUUCCACCUGUACGAUAAAUUUGUUAAACACAUUUCCCAAAACCAAAAAGGGUUAGCGCGAUGUUUACGGCUGGUCUACACACAACAAAGUACGGAUACAGGCAAAGUUCACGAAUUCGAGGCGUUUUCAACAUUGCUGACUCUUCCCGAUAUAAUGUUGCUGGAGGUGCUACUCAGUCUGGAUAGAGUCGCCCAAAGGAGCUUGCAACGCGUCUGUUGGAGAUGGUACAGACUUCGAUCGUGCUCCGCGACCGAGAAGUGUGUGAUUCUGGAUGCUCCACCAGGCCAUUACAUCAGCGGACAUUUUCACCUGGUGGACAUGGCGAAUGCAAUGCUGCAGUACUCGGCAGUAUCGAUGCGAAGUCUGCUGUUGAACCAGUUCUUUCCCAGCCAAAGCCACACGACUAUGCUGCUCACACGAGAAAUGCAGUUGCCAUUGGAGCUUUUUGUGUCCUACCGCAGCCCGGUACUUGAUCUUCGGGAUGAACUGGAGCUGUAUCCCGCAGUUAACAACAUGCACAUUCACUGUUCUAUGAAAACGAAAAACUCGGAAAGACAUACGUUAGAAAUAAUCAUCGCUGCACCGGACGACAUAACAUGGCUGACGAAUACUUUGGGCGCUGGUUGGACGUACUGCUGCACAACGAGCACCAUGAGCGACACCCUUACGGGAAUAUCUCUUGUGCUGGACCAACUGCAUCACCGCUGCUGGACGCACGGUAUACAAUCAAAGGUCGUGAACUGCUAUGGCCUUGGAAAAGGGGAAGGAAUAAGGUUAAAAGAGGGUUUGCUUCUUUGGCCUGUCACCGCAGCAGCGCUGGAUGCUCUAACGAGGACAGUGGAAAAUUUCUGUCCCACGGGCGCCAAGUCAUCUGAAACUGAUCAAAACUUUCUACCGCUUGAGACGUCCAGCAGACAUUUUGGUCUGUUACAGCCAUCCGGUUGUAAGCUAACGGGAUUUCGUCCAGACGUUUUGAAAGUACUGAUCCGGAAACCCCGUCUGGUGGGUGAAGACUACUUCAGUUUAUGGGGCGUACAAAGCUGGCUUCGAUGUUCUUGAUUUUGCUCAUUAUUUCCCGUGCGCGAGCAAUCUUCAAAAAUGCCGUAUUGCACUUUUUUCUUUUGCCGUGUAGUACUCGUAUGUUUGCAGUUUUCACCCAUAGACCAACUACAAGAUUUACAGUGAUUGUCACCGGAACUUAUUGGCCGAGCGAAGCGAAGCCUUCUGUACUCAGCUGGCCACAAAGUCGAGUGCUUGUCGACCGAAGCGAAGCGAAGGUCAUCUGUGUUCAAGAAAACCGGACACAAUUUUUGUCGGUUACGCUUCAAUAAAUUUAAAUAAAAUAUG